UUCAGCUUUUCCGUGUCUAUUUAACACAUCGCACACAAUUAUUAGGCCAUAUUCAUGUGUGGAGUUAAUCCAGUCCAGCCUCUGUGUUGUUUCCCCUGUUCGGCUUUAAGAGCGCGCAGUGGGCGGUCCUAGAGCGCAGACCAAUGAAUUGCCUUCUCUGUUUAAAUAGUCCUUGAUGUCAACUUUCUUCCUUCACUCGCGGCUCCCUCUAACGCCAUGUUGGCUGUUAUGACUUGACUUGUUGUUUUCAUUUGCUUACUACGGAGUUGACAGGAGUGGCUCUCUUAAACCCUCCAGCGGCUUUGGAGACGCUUUCUGCCCUUUUUGCGCGUAACUCUGUUGGAUGAUACGCGCGGAGUAUACAUGCUUCGUCCCCGUGACUUUGCAUUUGAACGGAAUACUACUUGGAAAUAACAGUCUUCGAAAGGGUUUGGUUGUUGUUUGAGUGUUUUCCCCUUGUCAUAUGUGCAACAAAAUGUCAGAUGUUCGCCUUUCUAAUGCGAGCCCGACAUUGGAGAGAGUGGAUGCGCGGCAGCCGGACAGUGUCAGACCUUCGGUGCGCAGAUGUCUUUUUGGCACACCUGACCGAGAGGAGAUACGAAGGGAUCUGGAGGCUACGAUACAGGAAGAUGUGCAGCGGAUUAGGGAGACGUAUAAUUUUGAUCCCGUUAGCGACACACCGCUUCCUACGGGUGAUUACGAGUGGCAGGCGGACAGCGACGCACCGGAGUAUUUUCGCAGAGCGCCUCACGGGAGCAAGCGGCCCCGGCGAGAUGAGGACUUAAACUGCGGUAACAGCCGACAGGACACCCAGGAGAGGAACGAGGGGCAUCCGGAUCGUCCACCGGGCAGAGACGGCUCAAGGAAGCGACCUGCAAACGACUCAGGUCCCUGUUCCACGGAGCGGUCCAGUAAAAACGCACGAACCAACGGAGAUGAGGAUGAUGAUGAUGAUGAUGAUGAAGAGCAGUCGGACGGUGCAGCCGGUCUGCCGGUGGAGCUGAACGGCAAACCGGAGGUCCAGUGAAUAACAGAGCAGGGACACAGACCUGUUGCUGGUGGAAUACUGUAGCCUUUCUCAUCAUCUGACAGACGACAGAGCGGGGAGAAAAAGUUAAGAAGCAGCCUUUCUUAAGAGGGGAGGAGUAGAGGCUGCACAAGCACUGAAUAUGUACACUAUCAAGUUUUGGCACUCUUUUUAAUUAAUUUGCCUCAGAAGCAGCAGACGAUGUAGCAGUGUGCAAAUGGAUUUUUGCUCAUUUUUUUCUACUACCUACGUUUUCAGAUGUAGCACAUAAAAAAGCAUAAUAUGCUUUUCAUAACUUUGUUAAGUGUAUUUGAGUUUGUGAAUUUGACUCGGGAAAUUGCAGUGCAGUUUCCAACAGAGAAAUGUUAUUUUGUUUAAAGUGGUCAUAUUGUGUCAUUAUUCAGGUAAUUUGAUGUAAGUUAAAAUGCAGAUUUCAAAAGUCAGGGUUAUUGGGAAACAAAUGUCUUCAGUUUUUCUUUGGCUUUAUUGGUCCCAGUGUUAUGUGUUUUAUUUUUGAAGGCCCAGAUGGCCACACUGUAAGUUGAGGGUCCAUCUAACUGGGAAUAACCAUGACAGAUAAAGUUUACAUGCAAAUAAUUUCUCCUAGUUCCCCAUUUUAGUUGUUUUAAUUAUUUCAUUCCUUUGUUCCUUUUUUGUUGUCUUUUCUUUUUCUCUCUGUCUUUUUUUUUUUUUGCCAAAGUUUGUGCCUUUUUUUUGUGGGGGGUGGGUGGGGUGGCUGAACUGCUGAGCAAUAUCCAAUCAAAUUUAACAGUAUUUGCUAAUAGUCCUAAGAAUUAACUUUCUAUUUUAAAUUAGGUGAGUUAGAAUAGUUCACUGACCCCAGCCCAUGUUAAUUCAUGGUUAUGUCCAGGUUAACAUAGAUCAAAUAUGUUAAAAUCACUGGGCUGUAUUUUAUGCAAAUAUGUGAAUCAAAGAUCAUUCUUUGUGGUGUGGAAUUCAUGUGGAACAUGUAAUUGCACUAUUAUUAAUUUCUCAUUUUUGUGAGGCAGAAAAACAAAGUUACACUGCCUCAGUUGGUGUAAAACUUUGAAGUGUACCUGUGUGCCUUUUUUUUUUUUUUUAUAAGAAAAACACUGAAAAAACUAUACUAACUUAUUUAUGUUGAGCUUUUUGUGGGUGUAUGUAUAGCUUUCCAAAGCAACAUUUUUUCCAUAUAUGUAAAUAUAUAUUUUCAUUAUUGUUUUUUGAUCAAUAAACUCUUGCAAAACUGAGCCUA